AUGGAGCCCCUCUCCCUGCACGAGUACAUCUGCUCCCUGGACCCRGCCCUGCUGCCCCGCGUGCUCAGGGUUUGCUCCGGGGUCUACUUCCAAGGCUCCGUGUACGAGGUGUCGGGCAGCGAGUGCUGCCUGUCCACGGGGGACUUCCUCAAGGUCAUCGCCGUGAGGCUGCAGAAGGUCAUUUGCGAGGAUGYGGAGACGGGGCACACGCGGGAGCUGCCGCCGACCUUCGCGGGUGAGCAGAGCCGCGGGGCUCCCAUGGGUGCCGGGCGCGGGCACCCUCCCGUGCGGGCGCUCCGCAGCGCUCGGCUCUGCCUCCCGCAGGCGCUGGCGCCGCCGGCCGCCCGGCCCCGCCGCCUGCUCUGCCCCGCGCUCGCCCCGGGGCCCGUCCUGCUCAGCCCUGUCUACGAGGUGCAGGCCGUCAUGCACCUGCGCAAGGAGGUGGUGAAAAUCCCCUCCACGCUGGAGGUGGACGUGGAGGACGUCACGGAGCAGGYGCCGCACGUGCACUUCAUCCAGCCCCUGCUGCUCAGCGAGGUGCUGCACAUGGAGGGAGCCCUCCCGGCGCAGGCCGAGCUCCUGGAGGGGCCCGCUCCACCGGGCAUCUUCAAGAGCGCCUGGGCCGCCCGCCUGCGCAAGGGGCAGCGCAUCCACCUGCAUGGCCGCGGCUGCGCCUGGCGGGUGCUGGCGUCGGCGCCCGCGGGCGGCCGCCGCUUCCUGCUGUCCAGCGCCUACGCGGGCCGGUUCCGGCAGCGCCCGCGCCAGUUCGGCUCCGUGCACGAGCUGGCGAGCGGGCUGCGCGCGGGGCAGCGCCUGCGCGUCGUGGUGACGCGCGACUGCGAGGGCGCCGCCGAGGAGGCGCCGCCGCUGGGCGCGGGCGAGCGGCUGGAGGCGCGGGAGCUGCUCGGCGCCACGCUGCUCUGCGCCCGCGCCGACGACGGCGAGGAGCUGCGGCUGCCGCUCGCGCUGGCGGCCGCCUUCGUGGAGGAGCUCUGCGACAGCCACACGUACAGCCUGGCYGAGGCGCUGGAGCGGCUGCCGCUGCCCGCCGACGUCCGGGUGGUGGCCAAGGACCCCUCGCUCGCCCGCGACGUCCUCACCUCCUUCUCGGCCUUGCGGCUGGAGGCGCGCGUCACCGAGCCCUUCCUGGCGGGCAGCUUCUGCGAGGMGCCGCGCGAGCGCUUCGAGGUGCCGCCGCGCUGGCUCGAUGUGUCGCUCUUCCUCACCGGGGAGCCCGUGGCUCCGCCCGGCUCCGCAGACGUGUCCCGCGUGGAGGAGCUGCACGAGCACUUCUACUACCGCCUGCUGGGGCAGCUGCCGGGCGGCGCGGCCCCCCCGCCGCGGCCCCCCAAGGCCAAGGCCAAGGCGGGCGGCGCGGGGCCYGGCCCCGAGCGCGGCCGUCCUGGCGAAGCGCAGGCGCCGUCCCCGGCUGUGCCCGGGCCUUCCUGCUCCCACAAAGACGGGAGCUGCUCCAUGGCGCUGAGCACCCCCAGCRAGGAGAGCACGCACCCCUGCGCGCCGGCUGCACCAGCACCGAGCACGAGGGACGAAGGGGUGGAGAACGAUGCUUCUGAUCACGACUACGAAGUCAUCGAUGAAGAUCUUCAAAAGACGAUUCGCAAGAUGCAGGCUCUCUUUCCUUUCUAA